CCAUUUCUUCGUCUAACACGACCCUUUCUCUCCUUUUCUCGCGUUCUCUCUGCCAUUGCUCAGGUUAAAUUGAAUCGCGAAACAAGAGCCUGGAUUGGUGUUCGUCCAUGGCAUCAUGAAUUUCAGUGCAAUUGGUUCUUGUUUUGAAGCUUAAUUUUCACCUUUUAGAUUAAGGAUAAGAAUGGAUAGUAACAAAGAUGAGGCUUUAAGAUGCAUAGGUAUUGCCAAGGAGGCAAUUAUGUCGGGCAAUAAGCAGAGAGCGCUUAAAUUUAUUGGAAUUGCACGCCGCCUUAAUAGUGAACUAGAUGUCAAAGAUCUUUUGGCUGCUUGUGAAAAUCUUGAUGCCUUAACUGCUGAUCACCCUAGUGAAGUUGGCAAUGUUUCGAGUGAGAAACAUGUCAAUGGUCAUGUCGAAUUAGAUGAGGUUUCUGAUGGGAAGAGGAGUUAUACUGAAGAUCACGUGCAUUUGGUUACACAUAUUAAGAGCAAGAAGGACUAUUAUGCAAUUCUUGGUCUAGAGAAGGAUUGUUCAGUUGAGGAGAUAAGAAAGGCAUACCGCAAGCUUUCUUUGAAAGUUCAUCCUGAUAAAAACAAGGCUCCGGGUUCUGAAGAGGCAUUUAAGAAAGUAUCCAAGGCAUUUAAGUGUUUGAGUGAAGAUGAUUCAAGGAGGCAGUAUGAUGAGACGUGUUUGGUUGAAGAAUUUGAGUUUGAUCAGCAGUAUAGUCUUAGACGUCGGAGGAGAAGAAUGGAGCGUGAGUAUUUUGAAGAUGAUUUUGAUGAUGAAGAGAUUAUAAGGGCAUUCUUUGGUCAGUCUGAAAUGUUUAGGACAGCUUAUGCCUACAGGACAAGGACCAACGUCCGUCAGCAGAGAGAGGAUUUAGGUUCCUCUGGGCCUAACUUAAUUCUCCUCCUUCAAUUGUUACCAUUUUUGAUCAUUUUUUUACUUGCUUAUCUUCCUUUCUCAGAGCCUGAGUAUUCUUUGCAGAAAAACUACUCUUAUCAGUUUGAGAAGGUGACAGACAAAUAUGGGGUAGAAUUUUUCGUUAAAUCGGCAGAAUUUGAUAAGAAUUAUCCUCUUGGUAGUCCUGGUCGAGAGAAAAUUGAAGACCGUGUUGUUAAAGAUUACAAAAAUAUGCUUGAACGUUACUGUCAUAUAGAAUUACAGAGGCGACAAUGGAACAGGAACUACCCAACACCUCACUGUGACAGGCUUCAAAAUUUUGGAGUAGCUUGAGGGUUUGUUUUAGUUCUUCAGUCAUAACUAUUACCGUGGAGGGAGCGGAGGGAACUUAAUUGCUAAUAAAUUUGCAUCCUUUAUGAUUGACCUUUAACAUGGUAUGGGGAUUGGAAGAAUGUGGAGAUGGAGAGAAAGGUUUUAUUCUGUGGCCUGGGUGUUGGCAUUCUAAUUAUUUUGAAUUCCUGAAAGAAAUGAAAGUGACACACUGAAGAACGAUGUAAUGGGGUAUCUUUUCAAGAAAUCAUAAAGAGUGCUAAAUUAUUUGUUUCCAUUGGCUAUAACUUUAAGUAAGAUCUUAUUUAUUCAUUGGAUUGUUUGGAAGUUUUAUAUGACAUUUAAUCAUAGAUCAUCUGGUUUUCAUCAAGUUAUACGAGUUGGGGUGUGAGCUUCCUUUUUAUCUAAUGACUUUGGAAUUUUGAUAGAUGUAUACUUUUUCUGUAGCUUGUCUUCUUAGCCCCUGAUUCUUACUAUAUAUGCAUAUUUUUUCUUACAGCAAAGCUUUUCUAGCUCCAGCAAUUUUUUCCUAUUUGUCCUUGAGUAAUGUUCUCCACGUAUACAUGGAUAUAGCUGGAGACUGGUUUCUGGUUUUCUUUCUAGUGUUAAAAUAAGAAUGGUGAGGUGUGUACGAGAUAUCGCUGCAGUCCACUUUGAUGGAUAACUUCUGCACUCUGAAGGCUUUCCCAAAUGCAUAGUAAUAGGCACUUAUCUCGGGGAAUAGCGUUAUUUAUUAACUCAUGACAUUGAUUCAUGCAGACAUGACAGGUGUUUAACGGGCGGGCUGGGACGGGCUGUACACAAAAAAAUUCAGCCCGUCCGUUUAACGUUCCGGACUGUUAGCGGGUUGUACUUUUUCGGGUUUGUUUUUGUCCUUCCGUGUUCGGGCUGGACCGG